UGUAAUCUGUCAAUAGAUAGAUACGACUAUCAAAAUUUUACUAUAUCGUAUAGAUAUUCUUAUUUGCAUCAAGAUUGUGUAGAGAUGUCGUGUUUUAUUCAGUCCCUUCACCCUCGAGUUGCCCAAUGGAGCAGUCCAAAAGCCAAGAUGGCAGCGCUCAUGAAAAACGCCGCGACCAGGCUGACCACCAUGCUGAGACCAUGCACCUGUGUAAUGGUCUCCCAGCGAAAUGGCACUAAGAAGAGGGACAACAUAGAGAAGCAGAAAGUCCGAACAAAGAUCUGGGUAGACUAUGACAUGCUGCACAAGGUGUUCAACAAAGUUGACCGAGCCCAUAUAGGAACAGUUGGACAGGAGAGAGCCGCGGCUGAGUGGAUCACCAGGUGUGGAGGGGCCGUCAGGGUACAGGACGUGGAGGAGUGGUUCUAUAACUAUAACAACCUGGGCACCGGGCCACUGGGCAAGUUUGUGAUCGAGGAGAUAGAUGCCAGCUGGGCAGAUGUACAAGCAGAAGGGUUUGAUCAUCUUGAUGGCCUGAAGGCAGUUCGUACCCUGAAGUUCAGCAGGUGCACAUACCUGCAGGACGCCUGCCUGGAGAGACUUGCACCUCUCAGCCACAGUCUGCACAGUCUGGAGAUCUCACACUGUGGUCAGCUGGUCACAGACAGGGGUAUACUGGCACUACAGGACCUCAAGCUGCUACAGAGAUUACACCUGGUUGACCUCCCAGGGGUGAAGGACCCAGAGGUCACCCUCCAGACCCUCCAAUCAGCACUCCCAUCAUGCUUCAUCACAGCGGAGCUGGGGGAUGCAGGGGCCGAACAGACUGCACAGAUGGCAUCACAGUCACAUGGAACAGAUGCCACAUUGUAGCUUGCUUUGUUUUAUACUAGUAAAAUAUGUACACGUAUGUUUUCUCAUUUGUCUCAGUGCUGUCACGGAUGAAGUACAUUGAUAAUGAGACACACAAUCCAUAUGAAUAAAGCAUGGACUCAUUAAUGAUGAUA